ACUAAAUUCUGCUCGUUUUAGAUAAGAGGUAAAAUGCUCUAAAGGAGUUCGAACUCUCAGACCUCAUCUAACCAAGAAGAUGUCUUUCAUCUUGAUGGAUUCCCUUAUCCACUUGCAUACUAUUUCCUCACAAAAUCCAGAAACAGUUUACACAACUUGCACAUAAAUAUAUUACUAGUCUGGAUUUAGAUUUUUAUUUAAUUUAUUAAAAAUAUCCCAGUCUUCUUUAUAUUUACUUCUGUGCCAACAUUCGUGUUCGCUUUCCUUACUGGCUAAAGAAAAUGGAUAAUUCCCUAACAAGUGAACUAAAAGCAUUCGAUGAUACAAAAGCAGGCGUUAAAGGACUCGUUGAUGCAGGAAUUACCAAAAUCCCUCCCUUUUUUCAUCAACCACCUGAUACCUCACCUGUUGAUAAUGCCAAGAAUUUCAGUUUUCCUAUCAUCGACCUGCAAACCCUAGAUAAAGAUUUAAUCCGACGAAAGCAGGUGGUUGAUCAAGUCCGAACUGCCUCAGAGAGUUGGGGAUUUUUUCAAGUAAUCAAUCAUGGGAUUUCUGUCAACGUUCUGGAGGAAAUGAAAGAUGGUAUUCGUAGAUUUUACGAGCAAGAUAUUGAACUGAAAAAGGAUUUCUAUACUCGUGAUUAUACUAAAAAAGUUGUGUAUAACAGUAAUUUCGAUUUGUAUACUGCAAAGGCAGCUAACUGGAGAGAUACUAUUUUCUUUCUCAUGGCUCCUCAUCCCCCUAAACCAGAAGAGCUUCCAGAAGUGUGCAGGGAUAUAUUAAAGGAGUACUGCAAAAAAGUUACAAAAUUGGGAAAUUUACUGCUAGAAUUACUAUCAGAGGCUCUUGGUUUGAAUCCAAACCAUUUGAAAUACAUGGAUUGUGCUGAAGGACUUGCUGUGUUAUGCCAUUACUAUCCGGCAUGUCCCCAGCCGGAAUUAACCAUAGGCACGAGCAAACAUACUGAUAAUGAUUUCUUUACAGUGCUUCUUCAAGAUCAUAUUGGUGGUCUCCAGGUUCUCCAUCAGAAUCAUUGGGUUGAUGUCCCUCCUACACCAGGAGCUCUCGUUGUUAACAUUGGAGACCUUCUACAGCUGAUAUCAAAUGAUAAGUUUAUAAGUGUGGAGCAUAGGGUUGUUGGAAACCAUAUUGGGCCAAGAAUAUCUGUGGCUUGUUUUUUCAGCACAUCUGUUCUGCCAAAAUAAAGACUUUAUGGACCUAUUAAGGAGUUAUUAUCAGAAGAGAAUCCUCCCAAGUAUAGAGAAACCACUGUGACUGAAUAUGUUCUCUACUCAAAUGGAAAAGGCCUUGAUGGGACUUCUCCUCUUCUCCAUUUCAAGCUCUGAAUCAUAGAAAUGAGAAUAUGGUAGAAAGAAGGGCUCGCAAACCUUUUCAGUUUUUUAACUUUGGUCUUAUUCAGGCGGCCCCAGCUUCAUUAUGAAGCUUCUCAGCGUCUCACACACUCACCCUCAUCGGUUUAAUUGACCAAAGAAGAGAAUUUGAGACAUCGGUGGUCUCUCCAUUAUCCAAUGCCAACACCAAUAUCUAAAAUUAUACUCCUUUUCUCUUCUAAUUUUUUUCAUACUUAGUUUUUUUAUUUGUCCAAAUCUAUUGUCAUUCCCUCUUUUUAGGAGUGAAUAAUAUUUGAAUUUUGCUAUUUUACUUUUA